UACGGAAUCCCUGCACUCUGCCACGAUACAGAGAUACAGUUACACACAGUUACAUCAGCCGGAAAUCCCAUAAAGCUCAACCUAUCCAUCAAAUACAUAGUAAAAGGCAUUAAUAAGAAGCUAAUAAUAGACUCCGCGGUUCGGACUUACAUCAGUAAAGAUAGUAAGAUUAAGAAGGUAGAAGAUCGGUAG